CAGGGACUACCCUGAUAAAAGCUUACAAUAGGUUGAUAGGUUUAAUCGUCUAUUGUAAUAGGCAACCCGUUAUACUUAUUUUCUAUACAUACUAGUUACACUGCACUUGAUAUACAUAAUAUGUAUGUGCACUUGGUAUACCAAAAUGUAGUGUUUCAGCCGCCUCUGGAGUCGUUACGAAUAGUGACAGGAGUAAAUCAACGAUUCAAAUAGGAGGACAUAACGUUACUAGUUAUCUCACAGUGUGCAUUUCGUUACGAUAUACGUAAAUGAAGAAGCCAAAAUGUACGAGGAUUCUCAGACUAAAGAACAGUGGCAGUUGCUGCAGGCACUUAGAUCAACUGUUGAAGGACUAUUAGUCAGUGGAUUGUCCAAUGUUUGGAAUGUGUAUGGUGGUCUUAAUAGACUGCAUGGUAUCCUGGAACAGAUAUUCAAGCAUGGAUGUCGAGUUUUUAAUCCUUUGGGUGAGCCAGACUGUUGGAUCUUCAUUCAGGGACUGAAUUGGCUUCAACCGUCGUUGGCUACUUCACCUACAACUCAAGAUUGUGAUGAUUACCUAGCAAAUUUACCUCCUAGAAUAGCUUCGCGCAAGGAUAUGCUUUGGCUAUAUAAAAGUUUGGAAAAUCAUACCCUGUCUAAUAAGUUAUCGUGGCUGCUGUCCGACAAGGAACAUCUUCUUUCAUGUUUAGAACCAUGGGCUUUUUUGUGCCAAGAAAAUUUGGCUGAGGCAACUUUAGUUUGUCUUAGGGCAGUGGAAAGAAAUGAACCUGCUCUUCUUAUGGAGAUUGAUCCUUCUUUGUUUGUACACAAUUGGGGUUUUACCAAGAAUAGUCCAAAGAGACACCGUCGAUCCUCUUCCUAUCCAAUAAAUUUCUCUGGGACAAAAUGGAAAUUCAAUAACACAGAGAAUGAAACAACAGAAAAGAUUCAAGUUUUUGAUCUACAGCAAUCUCAGCCAUGCAAAUCUAACGUGGAUGUAGAGGUUCAAGAAUAUCCUUCAAAGAGAUUCAGUGAUAAUACGUGUAACGAAACUAUUGAAAAGUUAACGGAUUGUGAUCUAUCUCUAAAAACAUGGUCCAGUUUACCUACCCUUAAUAAGACCAACGAAUAUUUCGAAGAGAGUGUCACAUUGCCUUCAUCUCCUGCUAAACCGUCAAACACAUUGACAAGAAAUAAUAGGAGUUUCACCUCGGUAAACUAUAAGUUGUCGAAUGUAAUUAAAAUUGACUACUCCGAAGUAAAAAAUGACGAAAGAUCAAAAUCAGUGGUGGAUGGAAAAUCUUCGAAGUGUAAAAAUUCAUUGCGAAAAUCAAGAACCAAGGCAAAAGGUGUUCAGUGUAAAAAUCCAGACAAACAUUCAAACAGUGGAAGUUCUGACACACUCAAUUAUGAAGACACAAUGAAGACGUCCAAAGAAUAUCUCAGAAUGUCAUCAAAAUCUGUUGAAUUGGAGACAGAUAAUUCACCAAAAGAUUCCAUUCAGAUGAAAACCCAACGGAAGACCAAAAGAAAAACUUCGUUCUUGACAGGCUCCGCUCCAGAAAUAACAGGACCCUGGGGUCUUGAAGUGGAAGGUCAAAAGGAUGUGAGAACCCCGAAGAAGAGCUUCAUGGAGGAUGGCGGUAGCAGUGUACAACCAAUGGCUACAGGAUACUUUCCACGUCCUCUAGAAGGUCAGAGUCUCACAAGCUUCUUAUCCUCAGCACGAUUCGCCAGGGCGAACGCUGAACUGGACAGGGAGAACGCACAUUUCAGUAUUUCUGAGGCCAUGAUAGCUGCCAUUGAGCAAGUCAAAUGCAACAGGCAACUACGUCUCAUCGAUGAGGGCGUUGAGGAGAGCGACGAGGAGAUCAACAAUCUGAAACAAAGGAUACGGAUGAGACGUCGUCAAAGACAGGAAGAGCGUGCGAAAACUAGAGGAACCUGGUCACGUGACCUUUUGAGUGAUGGCAAGACAGACACAACUACCACGGAUCAGAGCAUCAGUCCGUUGUCAACAUCCCCAGGUACACCGUCGGACAGCAUCUCAACAGACGGCGUCGAGAACAUGGAGAUGGCAGACGUCAGGAACAUCUUGCAGAUGCGUAAUUCUGCCGUGUACUCUACAGGGAUGUCAGUGUCGAUGGCGUCGCUCUAUUCCGAAGUUGAUCUCUGCCGAUCUUCUCCGAGGCACGCAGAAGACUCCACCGUUACGAAAAGUAUAAUAUCUGCCGAGGGUGUGGCGCUAUCACUCAUCAGUAGAUUCAGUGAGAAACAGUUGCCCAGAGCGAGCGAACUGGAAUGGCUUGUUUCGGAACAAGAUGCGCCACAACAGUUGCUGCCACUACCGAGUAGCUGGCCUAUCAGCCCUGACGAAGCGGAAGUUGAGGAUACAGCGCAACCGAUUCCAUUACGUGGUACGAUGGAAUGGGCACCACCCAGAGCACAAAUUAUAUUCACACCACAUCCGGCGCCAGUGAAGAAAAUUCUCAUAGCCAAGCAAAACUACAGAUGUGCCGGUUGUGGUAUGAAAGUCGCCGUGGAAUAUUCCAAUAGAUUUCGCUAUUGCGAAUAUCUAGGAAGAUACUUUUGCACUGGAUGUCAUACGAAUCAAGUGGCGCUGAUACCCGGAAAGAUUCUUUCCAAGUGGGACUUCAAUAGAUAUCCAGUCUCGAAUUUUUCAUACAGAUUACUCGAUCAAAUGACAGUGGAUCCAUUGUUUCAAGUGAAUGAUCUUAAUCCAUCUCUCUAUAGGAGAGUGAAGCAGCUUGAGCGCACGCGUAUACUUCGCACACAGUUGUAUUUUCUAAAGGAUUUCAUGUUGACUUGUAGAUUCGCCACAAGACUUCAAGAAGACUUGAGAAGGGAACCUCAGUAUAUACUGAACGAUUGUCACGUUUAUUCCAUACAAGAUUUUCUCCAAGUGAAAAUGGGUUCUUUGCCAGAGAAAUUACGUGACCUAGUACAGGCUUGCUGCUCUCAUGUUCUUCAAUGUGAACUCUGUCAAGCGAGGGGUUUCGUUUGUGAAUUGUGCUGUUGCAAGGAACCCAUAUUUCCAUGGCAACUGACAAAAGUCACAAGAUGCGACGAUUGCGGCGCCUGUUUUCAUGCACGUUGCAAAGACGCUAAAUCUACAAGCGUCGAGUGCCGAAGGUGCUUGCGUCUACGAGCUAGACGCCUGUCCAGAGAAGAGACGCCAGCGUCGUGACAUACGGACGUCUAGAAGAAGAAUGGCUUGGUUGCCGUUUAGAGAAUCGAUUACGCUUCUGAUAGAUACUUUGUACAUGAUGAAGCUAUCAAGAUUGUUAGAGAAGGACGUCGCGACGCAUCCGAAAAUUAAUAUACAAAUUUAUUAAACGUAAAUUUCGAUAUACGAUAAGAUUAAUAACUGGUGUUCAAAUAACCAGAGUACCUGCCUUCGAUGAAUUUGUAAUUAAAUAGAAAGU